GUUCGUUCCAAUUAUGAUGCGUAAAAAAUCUAGGUUUCUAGUUCUAGUUUAAGCUAAAAAACUGCAACAAUAACUCUACUCCUUACGCGUAUGCCAAUACUAUGCGUGGCAAUGACAUCGCGAUAACGAGGUGAUAAGCUAAAAUCGAAAUCGAACACGCUCAUCCACCAGCCACAAUGGGUUAUUUCAACGCCACACUUAUUGUCACUUUGUCAAUUGUCACUCACAAUACUCCAGUAUUUAUCCAAAAACAAAAAUUUCGAAAAAUAAAUUUAGUUUAAUUAUUCUGUGUGUGAAUUUUAAUUUUAAUCUAAAAGUGUUUCAUUUAAAAUGUGUAGUGUGUUUUGCCCGAGCGGUUUCUCAAAAUCGCAUGGACGCGCGGGACUGAAUGGCACGAUGGCAGCGACGGAUGGGCAAAUCACAGUGGCGGCGGCACGCUGGGCCGCCGAGGGUAACUACCUGCGUGAGUUUGUUGCCAAGCACCGCCUCCCUGCAGUGGUCAAAAUCAUCAAGGGUCAAUAUGGUGGCCUGGGUGUCCCAACCCUGCCCAGUCCAGGUCUUCAAAGCACCGCCCUGCUGGUCUCGCUUGGUCAACGUCAGAAGAUUGAAGCACAAGCUGUGAAAAUCAAAGAAGGUCGUAGGUUGGCAUGUGUUGGACCACGAUUAGCCAUCCCGGAUUCAUACUCCGGGUAUUUUGAAUUGUUGAGUGAAGAAGGUCGAGCUGUAAAGUGUAUCGAGAGUGUGGCGGAGCUGGCGAGGCGACGCCCCGAAGAGGGUUUCCUGGUACGUGAACCAUUACGCGCUCUUCAGGCCAAGACUGAUCUCGAAGCCGGCACGUGCCGCACCGUGCCCGCCGGCGAAAUCCUAGUCCCCUGCGGCGAGGCGUCGCUCCCGGGCGCCAAAGGCCGCUACCUCAAAUGCACCAACGCUGAUGGUGACCUACUCCUGUUGGGGAUGGACCAACGUGGGAAAUUCUCAGCGCUUGCGCGUGAAGAUAACAUCAGCGGGGUGCAUACCGCGCGUACUCUACUCAGCAAACGUAUGCCGUUGAGUGUUCGAUUGGUUCAUGGUACAGCCCCCAGAGGGUUGAAGACACCCAGCCAUUUUGUCCCCGAACUGCGUUUGUUGUCCAUCUUUGAAGAGGAGCAUUUUGCUCUACCACUACAGAAAGACGCACAAGGUGUGACAGCGUUGCCAUUGGCCGCACCCCUCAAAGUGGUCCGCACCAAAAACGAAGACCAACUCCGGCAGAUGCCCGAAUUCGAACGGCUUGUUGAACGCUGCGCCAGACUAGUCACCGACGUCGCCGAUCGUAUCCAGGUCCUGGAUGGGAAGCUAGGCGACCCUAAACGACACCAACCACCACCAGCGCCUGCCCCUGAUAAAAACUUCGCAUUACGACGCAGCGCUUCAUCAGAUUCAGCCAACUACCGGGCACGUAUCGAACACAAACGUGACGAGAACCGUAUCCCGGUCCAUCCCAAGGACUACGAGGAAAUCGACCAAAUCUAUGAUUACGUACGUGGCUUCGCCCCGCUUCCAAAAAACAUCCGCUCCCCAUUCGCUGAUCCACAACCCACACAAACCCAACACCCUCCUCACACCCACUCAGUGCCUGCAUCCCUCGACCUCAAACCAGAACCACCCCCGAUUGAAACCAUACCUACGAAGAAAGGCGCCGAGAAACGAAACCGCAAAGGAACCACAUCUUCCAUCCGAGAUCCCAGCAAAGUCCAUCAACUCACACAGCAGAUUCACGAGAAGACCCCACCGGGUCUACCCAAGCUCUACGUCAAAAACUCCCAGAGUCAACGCCGGCUCUUCCGGCAGAAAUCCGCCAGUCCCAUGAAGGAGACCCCUCCAAGCCCCAUAUCAAAAAGUGGUUCACCCAUUUUUAACAUACGGUAUAAAUCCCUCAGUAACCUCCAACAAGCGAUGGAAUUAGAUGGCACAUUGGACUCUAGUAAUUCCGGUGGACGCGCAUCGGGUGACUCUGGUCCCGGAAUGAAACAACCGGAAAAACGCUCGCGGAAACUCUCCCGACCUCGAAGUCUCACCAAUCUCGUAUGGGAGCUGCGCGAAUACCCCGAUAUCUCCAUGAUGGAAAAGCCCAAACAUCCACCGCAAGCGCUCGUCUACAAAAAGCACCCGAAGCAUCCCCAUAAGCGCGGUGGCGCCCUCUACUUAUAACUUCCCACACUACACAUAGACUUACAUUUAUACACGUUUGAUUUUUAACCCCUCUCUCUGCACAUAACCUCAAACAGCGCACAGCACACGCUUGUUUGUUGACACACGUGACAAGAAAUGAUGUGAUUUAAGUAUUUCUCGUGCGCGACUAGUUUGUAAUUGAUCAAGUGCCUCAAACUCGGCCAUAAGAUGCAGAAUAUACACACACACACACAAAUUGUACGACUUGUCAGAACGUAAUGUUUAAGUAGUUGUUAAAUAUCCGAUGUUUAAUUAAUUGUUUCUAGUAUCUAAUUAAUUCGACUUCGAACACUGUGUAUGUGCUCUAAAUGUGCUAUGCGAUAUUCUAGCGUUUAGGUAUUUCCUCUCACGUUUUGUAUGUAAUCAAUGUGUUUUUAUUUUUGACGAUUUUUUCAUCUGUGAUGAAAUUUAUAGGAUUAAUUCAAUGUGUGACACUUAAUUUACGCGUGUGUGUAUGUGUGUGAUGGAUCGCAAGUAUCUUUGUUGUAAAUUUGUGAAGAUUAACUUCGAUAAUAGACAUUAAAAGAAUAAAAACAUCAAAUAUA